AUGGGGGGCCGUGGCGGGGCGCGGCCACGCAAAGGCGGGCACAGCGACGGGGCGGCGUGGGGCGCGGCGAGGCGCGGGAGGCGGGCGAGCAGAGUAGCGGCAGUGGGUGCGGGCGAGCAGCGGGGCGCCGGGCCUGGAUGCACGGGGGCGGGGCGUGCGUGCAUCGGGCGCGGUCGGGGCGUGGCGACCGCGGGACGCGGCGCGGGGAGCGGGGCGUCGGGCGCACGAGCGGCGGCAGUGGCCGCGGUGACCGAACGGGGAAGGGAAGGGAAGAGGAAGAGAGGCCGGGGGCCUCACUACGGGGCCGUAGGGACAGGGAAGCGGGGCUCGGGGAGGAGGACGGGGACGUCCGGCGACGAGGGGCGGUCAGGCGAUGGGGCGGCGAGGUCCAGGGCAAUAGGGCGACUUCGGGCGAGGUGGCGGGAUGACGGCGACGUCGGGGUGGUGGUGACGACGACGUCCGGGGGGAGCGCGACGACGGCGUCCGGCGGGGAGAUGGGAUCGGCGGGGGCUGCCCCGAUCCAGAUCGGGCAGGGAGAGAGACGAGGGAGCGAGGCGGAGGGCGUCGGGGUUUGA